GGUAGGGCAGGACUGGACCGGACCGGACCGGACCGGAUCGGAUCGGACCGGCCGGCGGCCGCCGCUUCAGGGCUGAGACCCUCGGCGAGGAGGGAGAAAGGUUUCUUCCUCCUCUGUUUACACCGUGCUAGUCAAGCGGCAGUCCUCCCCGCCUGCCGCCCCCUCGGCGAAACAAGCUGCAGAAAGGAGACUUCUAAUCCCGGCUCCGCCACUUGCCUGCUGUGUGACCUUGGAAUCGGCAUAUUUCCAAAAUCUUAACAUAAUGGCAGUAAACGAAAAUGCCAGCAUCUUGAAUUCAGCAUCUUUGGCGGUAGAGUACGUCGACUCUCUGUUACCUGGAAAUCCUCUGCAGGAACCAUUUAAAAAUGCUUGGAACUAUAUGCUGGACAAUUACACCAAAUUUCAGAUUGCAACUUGGGGAUCACUUAUAGUUCAUGAAGCUUUGUACUUCUUGUUCUGUACACCCGCUUUUUUGUUUCAGUUUAUUCCUUUUAUGCAAAAGUACAAAAUUCAAAAGGAUAAGCCAGAAACUUGGGAAGGCCAGUGGAAAUGCUUCAAAGUUCUCCUCUUCAAUCACUUCUGUAUUCAGCUACCUUUGAUUUGUGGUGUCUACUAUUUUGUAGAGUAUUUUAACAUUCCUUAUGAAUGGGAAAAAAUGCCAAGAUGGUAUUUCCUGCUGGCCCGAUGUUUUGGCUGUGCAGUGAUUGAAGACACCUGGCAUUAUUUUCUACACAGACUCUUGCAUCACAAAAGAAUAUACAAAUAUAUCCAUAAAGUUCAUCAUGAGUUUCCGUCUCCAUUUGGAAUGGAAGCUGAAUACGCCCAUCCUCUGGAAACCCUGAUUCUUGGAGCUGGAUUCUUUAUUGGAAUUUUAGUCUUCUGUGACCAUGUGAUUCUGCUGUGGGCUUGGGUGUCAUUUCGCUUGCUGGAAACCAUUGAUGUGCACAGCGGUUACGAUAUUCCUCUCAAUCCUUUGAACCUCAUCCCUUUUUAUGGCGGCGUCCGGCACCAUGACUUCCACCACAUGAACUUCGUUGGAAACUAUGCUUCGACUUUUACGUGGUGGGACAGGCUCUUUGGCACAGACGCUCAGUAUCUCGCCUACAUCGAAAAGACAAAGAAGUUGGAGUCGUCGGAAAAAAAGGCCAAAUAGACUUCUGGUGGUGUGGAAGUGAUAUUCUAAGAAGAGCCUACCAUUUAUAUUUUCAUUAAAGCUGGUGGCUAACACUGCUUCAGGAGAACAAAAAUAAGCGUGUAUCCUGGCUAUUAAGUGUCAUGGAAAAUAUUAACAAUAACAUGGAAAAUUUGGCAGUAUCUUCCUAGAGGGAACUUCUACUUUAUGCACAUUCUAUGUAUAUAAGUAUAGAAAUAUGUCUGUGUGCAUAUAUGUGUGUAUAAUUUUAAAUCAAAUGAGGGAUGCUUAAAAGGCCAUAUUACUGACUUGAAAAGGAAAAAUUACAAAGACUUUUUAGGAUUUAGGAUUAUGUAAUAUUUACCUAAUUUUUACAUAAUUUUAGGAUUAUGUAAUUUUUUUUUUAAAAAACCCUCUGGUAAGACCACAGGGAGCUGAAAUUGGCCUUGAAGUCUAUUAAGUAUAUACUGUCCUUUAUGGAAGUAUACCACAGCUCUAAUGCUAUUUGGUAUCAUGCUUGAAAUUUGUUACGAUUUUUAGGGGAACGCCUCAAAAUCAAAAUAGAGCAAAAUCAGCUGAAGCACUGAAUAACUGAAGCUGCUAGUGCUGGUCUAUCUGCGUUUGUCACAGCUGUGCUUGGUGUAGAGGUCAUGAGCGUUGGGUUCUCUUGGGGGUUGUUGCAGAGAGAGGGGUCAUCUUGCUGCCAUUUUGAAAGGAACCCAGUUAGGCACACUUUGCAAGUGAAAACAUUCCUGACAGGAUUGAAGUAGUGUAUUUUCUGCUAGAGACUGAGAAAGGCUGUAUCGUAGAUGCCUUGAAACCUGAGGAGCUUUUCUUUUAACGGUUCCUUUUUCGCUGUACCUAGCAUUUACAUUACACUUUGAUCUGCGUGACUGUAAUUGCCUGAACUGAUUUAUCGCUGUUGUUUGCACUUGUGUCUAUUGAAAUAAAUGGUUGGUUUUUUUGUUUGUCGAAUCUAGGGCUUAGGAUCUCUCACCUUUCACAAGCAGGAGUCACUGCUGGCCCCUUCCUGCUUCCUCGUGCUUAGAGAUCAUUACUGGAUUUGGGAGGUGUUCUCUUCCCACCUCUGCCACUUCCUUGGGCAAGUCAUUUCUCUUAUCUGUAAAAUGGGGAUUCAGUACCAUUUUCAAAUGGCAUUUAAGUGCUUCCCAAGUGCCAGCUGCUGGGAUAAAUACAAGAUAAUCAGGUUGGACACAGUCCAUGCCCCCCGUGGGGCUCAUAGUCUCAAUGUCCAUUUUACAGAUUGGGUAGCUGAGGCACGGAGAAUUAAAGUGACUUGGCCGUAGUCACACGGACACCUGGCAGAGAGGGUAUCCAGGUUACACUGCUUCCGUCAACUGAGGCCAUGGAACAGGGUUAUCAACCGGUGCUUGGCACAUUUCUGAUCAUAUAAAAGUACAUAUUUUGCUGCUUGUAAAGAAGACUGGUUCUACAUUGGUACCACUUGAAAAAAACUUGAUGUGUUUAAUUCCUUUUUUAACCCUGAAUAGCUGUUACCACUGUACUUGAAUAUGUUUAAAUCCUAUCAAUCCAGAAUAAAGCUAAAAUAAAAUUA